AUGACAAUAGUCGAAAACCAGAGUGACGAUGGGUCAGUUUUUAUCAUCCUUGGUGUUUGUGCAAUGGCGAAGAAAACGAAAUCAAAGCCGAUGAAGGAGAUUCUUCGUCGUUUAGAGAAAUUUCAGUAUAUCAAAGUGAUUGUCUUCGAGGAAAAAGUUAUUUUAAGGCAACCAAUAGAAGCGUGGCCCCUGUGCGAUGCCUUGAUUAGCUUCUACUCCGACGGAUUUCCCCUCCAGAAAGCAAUUGCUUACGCCGAGUUAAGAAGGCCUUAUUUGGUGAAUGACCUAAAAGCUCAAUACGUAUUGAUGGACAGAAAAAAGGUUUACGAGUGCUUACAAAUGGAGGGCAUCCCAGUCCCACGUUACGCUUGUGUUGAAAGAGGGGACCCUAGCAAUCACGUCAAUGUUAUCGAACACGAUGACGCUAUUGAAAUAGAUGGUGAGAUAUUUCACAAACCAUUUGUUGAAAAACCUUUGAAUGCCGAGGAUCACAACAUAUACAUCUACUUUCCAAGCAGUGCAGGGGGUGGUAGUCAGCGUCUUUUCCGCAAAGUCGGCGAUCGAAGCAGUAAAUACUUCCAAAUCAGUACAAUCCGUACGGAAGGAUCUUAUCUCUAUGAGGAAUUUAUGCCAACUGACGGUACUGAUGUCAAAGUGUACACCGUGGCCGAUGACUACGCACAUGCUGAGGCUCGCAAAUCGCCCGCCCUCGACGGUAAAGUGGAGCGAGACAGCGAAGGCAAGGAGAUUCGUUAUCCUGUGAUCCUUACGCCGCGUGAGAAGAUUAUCGCUAAGAAGGUGGCCAAGGUAGUAAAGCAGCAGAUCUGCGGCUUUGAUCUCCUCCGCGCCAACGGCAUGUCCUACGUCUGUGAUGUCAACGGUUUUUCCUUUGUGAAGACAUCGCGCAAGUAUUACGACGACUGCAGCCACGUCCUCGGAGUCCUCAUCACUCGUGUGAUUGCGCCACGUCUUUGUCCACCGGGUUUAGGACCUUGGAACACUCCUGGCCCAGACGACGAUAUUCCACUCGUCCCCACGACCUGUGGAACCAUCAUGGAGUUGCGUUGUGUCAUCGCGGUCUUCCGACAUGGUGACCGGACGCCAAAACAGAAGAUGAAGAUGGAUGUGAGGGAUGAUCGGUUUUUUAAACUCUUCAACAAGUAUUCUGGAGGAAGGACACUGGAAUUGAAAUUGAAAAAACCAACACAGUUGCAGGAGGUGCUUGAUAUUGUGCGAAAUAUUCUCGAGGACAUAGAGAGUGGGAAGCUGAAGAACUCUGAACUGGAAGAGAAGAAGGCCAAGUUUGAGCAACUCAGAUACGUCUUGGAGAUGUACGGCUCCUUCAGUGGCAUCAAUCGCAAGAUUCAGCUCAAGUAUCAACCCAAUGGACGUCAGAGUGAUACAGGCAAAAAGAAGGAUGGCAACAAGAAUGGAGCAGACGAUAAGAGCUCAGCAUCUAGCGCUGCGACAAGCACUACUGCUAAUUCCAACACCGAAAAAGGGAGUGGCGAAGUCAGUGGUGUCCUUGAAGGUGGCCAGUCGACCUCCACUGCCACUGGCACUGCAGGUGAUAGCGAGCCUUGCAUCCUCCUAGUGGUCAAAUGGGGCGGUGAGCUCACCGCAGCUGGUCGGCAGCAAGCGGAGCAAUUGGGCCGCGCCUUUCGUUGUAUCUACCCCGGCGGGGACGGCAAUUAUGGCAAGAACCCUGGCCUCGGACUUCUUCGACUGCAUUCCACCUACCGUCACGAUCUGAAAAUCUACGCCUCCGACGAAGGUCGUGUCCAAAUGACUGCUGCUGCUUUCGCCAAGGGCUUUCUCGCCCUGGAAGGGGAAUUGCCCCCUAUUCUGGUGCAGAUGGUAAAGAGUGCUAAUACCAACGGACUGUUGGACAAUGACAACGAUUGCCAUCAGUACCAACAGAUGGUGAAAAAGCGGAUUAAGAAAGUUAUGUCCUACAAAGGCGUAUGGGGUGAGGAGCAUCGGCAGGCGCUAGCUCCUACGGGAGCUAAAUCUCUCCUCAAUGCCAUGGAUUAUGUAGGCAAUCCGACAGAAGCCUGUGCCAAACUAUUUGGCUACGUCCAGCGACUGGCAAACCGCGUCGCAAUGCUAACAGCAAAUCUACGGGAGCGGGAGAAGAUAAACCUCUAUCAUAAUGAGUCCUGGGACUUGUUGCUACGGCGGUGGGGCAAGUUGGUGAAGGACUUCCGUUCCCACAAUGGGGAUUACGAUGUCUCAAAGCUGCCGGACAUUUAUGAUAAUAUCAAGUAUGAUAUUCAACACAAUCCUGGCAUUUUAAUUGAGUCAGAGAUGUUGGAUUUCUUCAGCCUGGCACGGGCGCUUGCUGAUAUUGUCGUUCCGCAGGAAUACGGCAUCACGAAGGAGGAGAAGCUAGUGAUAAGUCAGCGCAUUUGUACGCCUCUUUUGCGUAAAAUUCUCUCAGAUGCUCGUUACACUGACGUAGACGAAUGUACACGUCUACAUGCUGGCUAUUCAAAGGGUGUCGCGUCACCAGAGCGUUUUGUGCGUACCCGGUUGUACUUUACGAGCGAGAGUCACCUUCAUUCCAUCCUGACGUGUCUGGAGCACGGCGGUCUGGCAGAUGCGGCCACGGAUGAGCAGUGGAAGCGAGCGAUGGACUAUGUGAGCACUGUACCUGAGCUCAACUACCUCUCCCAAGUAGUCAUUAUGAUCUACGAGGAUCCUACUGUGGAACCUAAAACCGAGAAGAAAUUCCAUGUGGAAUUGCACUUCAGUCCUGGAGCGCAUGCCCUCUGUCGAGAUUUGCCUGCUGGCUCUGGUUUCAGACCCGGUCGACGGGAGAACGGUUGUUGUUCGCAAACCAGCCUGCUUAGUAGCUCCACCUCCCUUGCUGAGACGAGUUUUGACUCGGCAAGUGAGCAUGCCGGUGUCGACGUAACCCCAAUCCACUCACCCCCUGCACUCUCCUCUCGCAAAAUCGUCUUCUCCGCCCACGAUCAGUUCACAGGCAAGGCGACGGUGACCAGCUGUCACAGCCUCUCGAUUGAUCGUUCACUCCCCUCUGAUCUUCAAGAAGUUGGCAGGAUUUCUGAACCCCUUGCUACCACUACUACUAACACCACCUCUGCCGUCGGCAAGGUCUCUAGUAAAUCGCGCUACGAAAAGCACCGGAAAAGCCAACGAUUCUCGCGACAAACCUCUGCCAUCUACCGCCCCAAAGAAAGUGUGUCCGGUCUCUGUUACGCCGAUGUCGUGAAUCAGGAUGCGGUGAUCGGGCACCGAUCAAGAAUGCAAGAGUUGUGGCUGGAUAACAUGCGAAAGGUGCAUCGUCGACAUCAGAUCAACUUCAAACGUGGUUCUGAGCGUUCCGUGAGUACAGGGCCUAUGGUAGAGCAUGUCGUCACACCAUCUCUCCUACAAAGUGAGGGCAACUCGACGUGGCAUGAAAAAACUCUUACCACACUGCGCAAACCCCUUCAACGCGCACUUAAUUCGGAUGGAGGAAAUGCUUCUCAGCCUUCAUCGAGACCCACCUCAGAGCAUUUAUCACAGACGCAUGGCAGAUUCACUGUCACCUCCUCACUAGAGUCUUCGGCAAUAAAACCAGCAACUUCUGGAAAUCCACAAAGUCUAUCGUGGUUCACUGGUUCUGUCGACCUGGAUGACGAUGGUGUUGCAACAACAGGUGAAUCAGAAGUUUCUACAUCUCACUCUACGCUUGAUCUGGCUGUUGCUACUCCCUUAGCCAGUCAGAAGUCAUCGCCGCCACUGAACUCACCACCAUCAUCAAAAGUAGAAAAAUCAAGACACUCUUCGGCAACAACUCCGGGUUCCCCAGUGAAAUGGCGCUGUCGGAAUGGUAUCUCUUCACCCCCUAGUGUCACCACACCCAUCUCACGACGUAUGAGUUUUGGAGACCAACCACCUGAAUUCUGUCCUCUUCAAAAGAAAUCUUCUGGUAUUGGAGUGGAGAGCGGCGGCGGUGGUAGUAGUGGAAGAGAAGGAGGUGAAGAGGGAGGGGAGGGAGCCGAUGAGGCUUCGACGACAGUAACACAGGUCUACACUUCAUUGGACUCAGUGAAACCAGAUAGGGCACAGGAGUUGUUUAAUCACGGCGCGCCGGUGGCCCAGUGGUUGAUGGAGUACUUUGAUCAAAUUGAGAAGGCCAAAUGGAGCAAAGUAGAGUCGCAAGGGGAUGAAGAAGAGACUGGAGAGGUGGGGGUGGAACGACAGGAGCAUCGGGGUUCCCUCAAACCAGCUGACUAUAAGCCUAUCCUCUCUGCGGCUGACUAUCUCAAGGCCGAUGCUUGUGCCUCGGCGAUUCCAAAGGUACCCUCUUGUCAUGCCAAUCAUCGAGGCUCAAAUCAAGUGACACCAUCAAAGGGGAAACUAGACGGUCUUCCAUCGACUCACAUGGAAGAUAACCCAAUGAUGGCGCGGAGGCCUUCGGAAAGUGCAACAGAAGGGAGGGCAGAGGUGGAGGAUAUGCCAGUCAAGAUGAGGAACUCGGUUUCCAAGACACUGCACGUGGAAGCACCAUCAGAUAAUUCGAGGGACGGCUCUACGAACUCCUUGCAUCACGACGUCAAUGGCCUGGACACGAAGGAGUUAAAUGCUCUCACUUACCCGAACUACCAGAUGCAAAUUGAUUUCAAGGAACUCCAGCAGUGCCCUCUUGGCAAAGACUCAUGUGGUACAAACUCACCCUGCUGCAGUAGGCGUCACCGCGGGCUCAUCAGCACCGCAGUGAUUCGUGGAUCACGGGACACGUACUCAAGCAGCGUGCCUGACCUCGUCCAGCUGCUUAAUUGCUCCGACAGUGAUGGCCAAUCUCAGACUGAAACUCCCCAAAAUCCAGCAGACCUUAUGGUUCCCAGUGCACCAAGUGUCCCGGAGAUCUACCCACUGGAGACAUUGCACAACGCCAUGACUUUGCAUCAAUUGGAGAGUUUCUUCACCCGCUUGACAACCACUAAAUUCCCUUCCCCUUUCACCUCGCCUUGUCUCUCUUCAACUGGGGGUGGUGGUGGAGGGCUCAGCUCUGUCUCGUCCACAGAACAGGUCGGCAAGACAAACUCGGAGGCAACACGCGGUCGAUACGCUCUCACCGCAGCCUCCGCGGACAUCGAGGCGAGGCGAGAUACAGCCUCUUCUUCGUCAUCCACGUCCAACACCUCAACGUCUUGUGGUGCUCAUACGGGAAACAGGCGGUCCGUUUCGGAGCCAGGAGAGUUCGCAACUGCCGCUCCGACGGUUACAACCAUUGUUAUUGAAACUGAGCGGUGUCAGUUCUGGUCUGCUUACAGAAUGACGCACAGCAAAGAGGAAGAUAAGCCUUUUACGUUUGAUUUUGCAAUCUCUGAGCAAGCAAAAGAUUGGCAAGAGCUAGACGCUCAGACACCCUUACAUACUGAAGAAAAGCACCAAAGUCUGGGAAAGUCAUUCUUUUCAAACACCAACGCGGGGAGCGAGUACUUCAAAGUUGACGACCCUGCCACUGUGAAGAGGAAGUGGCUCGAAGACCGACGAUUAGUCAAAGAUGCAGUGCGCAGAACGGGGAAGCACUUUCUUUGGGAUGUUAAUCGCCAGCAAAGGAAAUAA